AGUCAUGGUUCAUUUACAGCCAGAAAUGUUAUGUGGAUACAAGGGAACCCCAACCCACUCCCCCAAAAGUUCAUUCAUCUAGCUGUAAAUGUUUUGUCUGUUCUUCAACCAUCAAAACUAAAGGAGCUACAUUUUUUCAGUGAUCCAUUUGAAGAGGAACAAAUGGAUUACACAGAUAACAACACAGAAUCAUUCUAUAUAAUGUAUACGUAUACUAAUAUUGAUGACAUUCCCGAUCAAUUGUGUCGCAAGGACGCCGUGGCAAAAGUUGGAUCCAUCGUUGUCCCGUUAUUCUUCAGCAUUGUGGUGUUGCUCAGUCUAAUUGGUAACAUCUUGGUUCUUGUGACUCUUGCGUACUAUGAGAAUCUCAAAUCUUUGACCAACAUCUUCAUCCUCAACCUGGCCGUGUCGGACCUGAUCUUCACUGUGGGACUGCCGUUCUGGGCUUGUUACUACAUCUGGGGUUGGACACUCGGAGAUGCGGCGUGCAAAACCGUCUGCUUCGUCUUUUACGCUGGGUUUUACAGCAGCGUCAUGUUCCUGAUGAUGAUGACCUUUCAGCGCUACUUGGCCGUGGUGUAUCCUCUCUCAGACUGGGAGAAAAGACAGGGUAUUAAACUAAUCCCCAUCCUGGGCUGGGUGGUGGGCAUCGGUGCGGCGUUGCCAGCCCCUAUCUUCAACUCUGCAAUGCCUGAUCCAGAAGAUGCUUCCCAACUCUGCUGCGAGUACAAUUCCAGAGAGGCAGCUCUUUGGCUUACGUAUGAACAGAACUUGUUUAUGGUUUAUGCCUUUUUGUUCGUGGGUUUUUGCUACAUAAGCAUCCUGCGGACUAUCAUCAAUACACGAACGAAGAAAAGACGCCGUACUAUCAAACUCAUCUUCUGCAUCGUAGUCGUGUUUUUUUUUGGCUGGGCUCCUUAUAACCUGGUGAUUUUCUUACAAACAUUAACCUAUCUUAAUGUCAAGUUUUUCACAGACUGUGAGGUCACGCAUCACCUCGACUAUGCCGAAUACUUCUGUAAAUUUCUGGCGUUUUCUCACUGCUGCUUUAAUCCUGUGCUUUAUGUUUUUGUUGCUGUGAAAUUCAGAAAUUAUCUAAAGGAGAUUCUGCAGAAGAUUUUUCAAAGGCCAACGAUCACGAGUACACCACAGACACGAACUCCUAACUGUCAGUCACUGGGCUCCUUGUACUGAUCCUGUAACAACUGCUGAAGCAGUUAUCGAGCUCUGAUUCAAUGUAAAUAUAUUUGUAAAUUCUUUUUUUUUUUUUACUGAAACCUCUGUUUUUGUAUGAGUAUGUAUAGAAUUUAUGGACAGAUGUAUGGGAACUUUUCAUUUUUUUUGUGAUACAGAUACAUACAGUCAUUCAUAUGUAAAAAGAUGAAGCAUUUCAGAUAACAUUCUAGUAAAAAAUCAGACUGGGGGAAAAAUAUGAUCAGUGAUUUUGUCCUCGGCAUCGUUGCUGGUGCCGGAUGAGCAGGUACUUACCUCCUGGUGAUUUACAUACAAAACAGUCUCUAGACUUUACACAGAAUUAGGCUGCUUGAGUGCAAAAACACCUUGUUGAUGAGAGAGAUUAGAGGAGAACGGCCAGACAGGACUGUAACUCACAACCAUUCUUUACAAACAUGAACAGAAAAGCAUCUCCGAGCACAUCGAAUCUUAAAAUGGAUGUGGAAUCUGACGCUACAUAGAAUGGAUACAAGCUCACAGAAACUGGACUGAAGAAAAUCUCAGCUGGUUCGCUUUUUCAGGUGUUCCUAAUGAAAUGACGGCGUGUGUGUACUAACUUUGUAUUAACAUUAAAA